CGGUGCAGGUCGGGGGCAGCUGCCUGGUCGACCGCUGGUGUCUGCGGCCGGGCGGGGCGGGGUGGAGCCCAUCUGCGUCCCCUGAGCUGGGCCGGAAGGUCGGGGGCUCGGGCCGGGUGGCCUGGACCGUGUCUAACCGCCCCCCCGAAUCGGUGGGGCCAUGACAGCUUCCUAGUGAAUUCUCGGUGUCUUCUCCCUCCUUCCUGCACACGCUGACCGCUAGAAGCGACGCAGUGGAUCCGGGAAUAUCAAUCAGUUGGGGUCCUGGGGUCCUUUGCCUGAUCUUUAUUCUGUGGCAGCUUGGACUAAUUAGGAGAAAGUCCAUUGCACCAGCAGGUGGAAGUCCAGGAGGAAGCAAAUCCAAGCAGUUGGUUGACUACUUGAUUGUCAUUGAUUUUGAGUCAACAUGCUGGAAUGACGGGAAGCAGCUCCGUAGCCAGGAAAUAAUUGAAUUUCCAGCAGUGUUACUGAACACAUCCACUGGAGAAAUUGAAUCUGAGUUCCACGCAUAUGUUCAGCCUCAGGAGCAUCCAAUUCUUUCUGAUUUCUGCAUGGAAUUGACAGGCAUCAAGCAGGUUCAAGUUGAUGAAGGAGUUCCUCUGAAGAUUUGCUUAUCCCAAUUCUGCAAAUGGAUUCAUAAGAUUCAGCAACAGAAGAAAAUAAUUUUUGCUACUGGAUUUUCAGAUCUUCCUACUUCCCAAGCAAAAUUAGGUGCAUUUGUUACUUGGUCAGGGUUUUCACCAGCACUUGGUGUCAGCACUAGGAAUCCACUGCUCCUGGCAGCCAUCUCCCCCCCUCCAGUUUAUACAGUAGGACAGAGAGAAAUUGAGAGGGACAGAGAAAAGCACCUGCAGACCUGCUUUACCACUGCAGACUGGGACUUGGGUGUUUGCCUGGAGUAUGAGUGUAAAAGAAAACAGCUAUUAAAACCUGUGUUCCUUAAUUCUUGGAUUGAUCUCAGAGUAACUUACAAGAAUUUCUAUAGAAGAAAGCCAAAAGGAUUAAGUGGUGCACUACAGGAAGUAGGAAUAGAAUUCUUAGGACGAGAACAUUCUGGGUUGGAUGAUUCUCGGAAUACUGCCCUUCUUGCUUGGAAAAUGAUCAGAGAUGGUUGCUUAAUGAAAAUCACAAGGUCCUUGAACAAGGUUCCCACUAAGAAGAAUUCUACCAUUUUGGCCGGAAAUGUGAGUAGAAAUCGAGUUGAAGAAACAUCAGCCGGCAUUCAGAGUCCAAGCAUCAGUGAUCCGGAUUCUAAAAAUCCACUGAGUUCUCAUGAAAAAGUUCCAAUGGAGUCAGUGAGUGUGAAUUGUAUAGGACAGCAAGACCAGCUGCAAGCAAGCAGCAGCAUCAAAGCAGGUCCUCACAAUGUCAGGAGCUGCGUCUCUCUGUAUAAUACUAAGCCCUCUACUACUCUGGGACAGCUGGAGUCUCCCAGCUUGAAUCCACCUCUCUGUUUUCAGAAGCCAGUGAAAAAUGAACCUCUCGCACAUAAUACCAAACGUAAGUCUUCACCAGGUGGCUCAGAACUGCUGCUUGUUUCAACUACCGUUUCAUCUGUUAAUCAUGUUUCUGAUGGAGAGGUGAGUUCUGCUGUUGACUGCUUACCCAUGUUGGCUGAUUGGGAGGAUAUGGCUUUCCUGCCAGUAUCUCAGCCUGAGCAAAAUACAGACUGUCGACCUCCCCAUAGUGACUCGUUGAAUUCACUUCGUUCUGGAGAGACUUCACUUAAUUUUGGAGGAAGGGUAAUAGUUUCAAAAGAAUCUGAAAUGUUAAGUCAUGAAAACUUUGGAAGCACUGAAGAAACGCCUCAAAGAGUGGAAGCCUCUACGUCUAUUGUAUUUAAGAGUCCUCAUACUACUAUUUAUAACGUCAAAGAAACCAAAGUCCAAGUCUCGGAUUCUGACUUUAAAUUACCUGGAUACAAAUCAAAUGCCUUCAGUGUUUACGCUGGUAUGUCUCAUGCUGAAGUGCUGGGGAAGCAUCCUCUUCUAGGUGGUACUAAAAGGAAUCUAGCCAGUCCCCCAACUCUCCCACUGCCCAAAAAACAGACCUUCAGUAUUCAUGAAGAAAAGCCCUUAUCAUCUGAUGGCUCCCUGGUGAGACAUUCUUCCCCGAAGAUUCUCCCAUCUAUCUUAACUUCGACAAAUAACAUACGAGAUCCCUGGAAGACUGGGAAAAUGACUCCUCCUCUAUGUAAAUGUGGUCGAAGAUCCAAGAGACUUGUUGUUUCUAAUAAUGGACCCAACCAUGGGAAAGUCUUCUACUGUUGCCCAAGUGGAAAAUACCAAGAAAACAGAAAAUGUUGUGGUUAUUUCAAAUGGGAACAUACACUUCAAAAAGAAAAAGCCAACAGCACAGUUCUGUCUCAUUCCCCCAAGGUAUCCACUCUCAGUUCUCCAGAAACAAGCCCUUUUCAUGUCAGAGGAGUGAGUUUGCCCACUGAAAAGUCAUUGAGACUGAGGCCUUCAAUGAGGACUUGAUGAACUUUCCUUAAGCUGUGUUUUCACUUUCAUGUGAAUUGUCAUGUGGUAAAGAGAAAUGUUUACGGCCACAA